GCUUUUUUAAUAUAGACUAGCGCCAAUGCGCCAUAUAGCCGAUUCGUUUCCAAGUAGCCACUUCCAUUUACAAGAUCUGAAUAACCAAAGUGUCAGAAUCUGUGUAGAAAAAAAAGUUUUCCUUAAUGGCGUAUACCGGCGAAGAAAUGAAGGAGAAGCUUAAGCUCUACUCUUACUGGAGAAGCUCUUGUGGCCAUCGUGUGCGUAUAGCCCUCACUUUAAAAGGGAUUGAAUAUGAAUAUAUACCAGUGAACUUGCUCAAGGGAGAGCAGUUUGAUCCAGAUUUCAUGAAGAUCAAUCCAAUGGGUACUGUGCCUGCGCUUGUUGAUGGAGAGGUUGUGAUUACAGAUUCUCUUGCUAUUAUUAUGUAUCUGGAUGAGAAGUAUCCUGAGCCACCUUUGUUACCUCGUGACCUCCAUAAACGAGCUCUAAAUUACCAGGUUGCCAGUAUUAUCUCCUCUGGUAUACAGCCACAUCAGAAUUUAGCUGUUAUUAGGUACAUUGAGGAAAAGACAAAUGGUGAAGAAAAAAUUGCUUGGGUUACUAACGCUAUUAGAAAAGGAUAUACAGCUUUGGAGAAGCUCUUGGUGAAUUGCGCUGGAAAAUAUGCAACUGGUGAUGAGAUUUACUUGGCUGAUCUUUUUCUAGUAACCCAAGUCCAUGGGGCUAUGAUCAAAUUCAAGAUUGAUGUGGAACCGUACCCGACUCUUGCCAAGUGCUAUGAGUCAUAUAAGAAACUGUCUGUAUUUGAAGAUGCAGUCCCAGCCAAGCAGCCAGAUGCUCCAGCUCCAAUGAUUUGAUUAUGUGAAACUAAAAAACCUUGUACCAUUCAUGUUUAAUUCUUCUUUUAACUCUUUCAUUUUCAUUUCCAAUUAU